AUGCAUCAACUCAACGAAGAUAAAUACUUUCAUUUUGAGCUCCUUCGCAUUCUGGCCUCGGUUCGAGGGUUUGGAGCCGAUGUGAGUGAGGUUCUCAAUGUUUGCGAGAAGCUCAUUCCCGGCGAUUUUGAGAGUUGGUAUCAGGAGUUUCUUGCACUUGCCGAGUGGGUCGAGACCACAAUCGAUGAGAACGAAUAUGACAAAGUCUCUCUGCGGGAUGCCUAUUGGAGAGCUUCAAGGUAUCAUUUUGCGUGUGGUUUCUUCUUUCAAGCUGAGAAGGAGGACCCGAGAGCAAUUACAGUUUAUCAGCGAUGGGUUUCACUUUUCGACAAAGGUUGCCGGAUGAUGGAAAUUCCUCCAGAGCGCGCAACUCUCCAGGCCAAAGGGUUCACAGUGCCUAUUAUCAUCUUCCGGUGCUCCUUGGAUGACAGACCUCGGCCUACCUUGAUCAUUGGGAACGGUUUAGAUGGUUCCAUGGAGGAAAUGUUGCAUAUGAAUGGCCUUCAAGCGUUGGAAAGAGGCUACAAUGUCGUCCUCUAUGAGGGCCCUGGUCAGCCAUCUGUGCGUCGAGCACAGAAUAUCGGUUUCAUUUGUAACUGGGAAGACGUAGUCACUCCUAUCGUGGAUUAUUUGGAACCCUUGCCUUUCGUGGAGAAGACAAAGAUCGCGCUAUUAGGGAACUCCCUUGGGGGGUGGCUUGCGGCGCGAGCGGCUGCCUUCGAGAAAAGACUAGCUGCAGUCAUACUUAUUGACGGAAUAUACGACCUGUACAACGGGAUAUGCACCUUGAUUGGAACCGAGGUGAUGAAGUUUGAAGAGGAUGGAGACGAAGAGAAAUUCGACGAAGAGAUACGCAGGCUUAUGGAAAAAUCUGUCAAUCUGAGAUUCUUGAUGAAUCAAGCCUCUUGGGCAUUCAUGAUGAACUUCUACCAAGUCAUGCAGCAGUGCAAGAAGAUGACGUUGAAGGGGAUUGAGGAUCAAAUCAACUGCCCCGUGUUCAUAGCCGGGGCUGAAAACGAUAUUUUCGAUAAGACUGACCAGCCGGGGCAGGUGAAGAACGCCCUGGGUGAGAAAGCCUUUCUGAGGAGGUUCACCGUACAAGAAGGCGCAGAAGCUCACUGUCACGUUGGUGCCGUUGCCUUUCUCAACCAGGUUAUUCUCAGUUGGCUGAGCAAACAGCUUGGAAGCAAGGAAAUUAAUGGCGUGAGCGCCGGUUAG